UACAUUUCCUUUCCUUUCUCGAGCAAUAAAUUCUUGGCGAUUAAGAGCGCGUUGUUUUAUCUGAUGCACAGGUACAAUUUCAGUAUAAAAGGAUGUUACGUAUGCGUAAUCUACUUCUUAGAAGAAUAGUAGAUAAUAGUAUUCGCGAAGAUAUUUUUAUUGCUAUUGAUAACGUGAUUGAAGAGGCCGUCGAGCUCAAAAUGAAUUUCGCCGACGUGUACGACAUAGAUGACUACGAAGUAAUUGAAUUUUACGAUUGGCAAAGUGAGAGGAAGACACGUGUCGUUUUAAUGAGGAUGAUCAAUUUGCUGACCGACAAGAUUUACGAUGUAAUGAUUAAGAGAUACUUGAUGCUGCACUGCAAAGUAAAGAAGUAUUGUAGAAGAGCUACGCAAUUUUUGCGCAGGAACAGGAAAUUACUGCGAUCGAGCAAGCUUCGUCGAGAGCAGGGGCAAAAUUUGUGUUGCAAAUAUCAUUUCUUAAAGCAAUUAAUUGCCUGCUGUCAUUAUAUCUUACCGUCAUUUUAGAUGAAGGAUAUGGACUAAUAAUAUCUUGAGAAACAUAUAAUUAUGCCACAUGUCUCGUCCGGAUGGAUAACUAAAUAUGAAGGUUCACUCGGAAGAGACAAGGCAUAAUUAAGAUCGAACUUCACUGUACAAGUUCGUUUAAUCUUACAAUUAUGCCAUAUGUCUCGUCCGGAUAAAAAAACUACCCUAGUAGUACAGUGGGCUAAACAUUGGCCCAAUAAAUUAAACAUUGGACCAAUGUUUAACCAAUCUUUAGUCAAAGCACUGUGCUACUAGGAUAUGAAGGUCCAUCCGGACUAGACAAGGCAUAAUUAAGACCGAACGUCACUUUCACAAGUCCGUUUAAUCUUACAAUUUUAACUAAUAUAUUUGUUCGCACGCAUUGUAAUAUUACCUGUUUUUGAUAAAGCGAUGAAAAUUUAUAUCCAAUUAAAUUUUAUAUCCGAUAAAUAAUAUGCAGCAACGUUAGAAGACGUUUGCUUUAUGGUAUAUAUUUAAUUUUUUGUACUACAUAUAGAUUGCGCGCUUUGAUUUGCUCUUUAUUAGAUAGCGAUGCGUGUAUUUUGAAGAAAAUUAAUUGUUUUUCUUUUCCUUUGCGUGGAGAACACUUGAGAGUACAAGAGCGAAUGUAUAAAGUUAAUCUUUCAAUAAAAAUUCCCUGUAUUCUUAAAUUAUAUAAUGAAUAAGGAAGGAAAUUUACUCCACUCGCUUUACAGCUUGAAUCUUCUUCUUAGAUUGUUUUGCUUCUUUAUCUACAAACAUUAGACACGUAAAGCGUAUAGUAAAAGAAUGUAAAAAUUAAAGAGAAACGAGAAAACUUGGCGGAUUAUCCUUUGGAGAAUCGUUACGAUGUAUUUAUUAAAUUCACCAAGCUGAAUCCAUCAUUAUCUGCUCCAGAUGGCGCGUAUAUCUACUCAAUGAUGCUGAGUAAUCAUGAAAAUGAUAUCAUAGAUCCUCAUAGAUUUCAAAGAGCACGCAUGUGCGUCACACUGUCUCUCCAGUCAUUAGCGAGACUCUAGUAUUACAGGUAGACUCUAGUAUUGUCUGCCUAUUGCAUUUAUUGUUGAUUGUGUCUCACAAGUGUCUCUGCGACUUGCACACGCGAGUUUCUCCGCAGUGGACGAGGCUUCGUGUGCAGCCGUAUUUACUAUCGCCGCGAUGGCGAGCAGUUCCAGUGACAGCGUGGAAGUGGAACGUCUCGCCCAGCAAGAUCUGACCAGUGAGGAUGAGAGAUAUGCAGCGGCAAAUUUGAACGAGACCGACGAGACUAGAGAGCCUGCUAUCACGGAGAUCAGGCGCUGGAUCGAGGAAUGCGACAACGCGUCCACGAAAAUUGGAAUUCUUAAUUUGCACACAGAUGACUUCCUUGUCCUGCGAUUUUUGAGGGUCUGCAAGUUCGAUCUUGAGAAAGCUAAGAUCAGGAUGCGUAACUAUUAUAAGCAGCGAAUCCGCUUGUCGGAAUGGUUCCUGAAUAAAGACCCGUUUCGUCCAGAAAUGCAGGAACUGCUGGAUAUGGGGCUAAUUUUGUGUUUACGGAAGCCAGACAGUCAAGGGAGAUUAGUUAUUAUUGUGCGCUGCACGCAACAUGAUCCGUCAAGACAUAAGUUAUUGGACAUCACUAAGAUAGCUCUUGUGGUGGUGGAAGUGGCAACGAGGUAUUACACCGCAACAUCGGUGUACGGUUGUACAGUUUACCUAGACGUGGUCAGUCCAACUAUACAACAGAUUUUACAAUUGCGACCUCAUUUCAUAAUGAAUGUGAUUCACAUGUGGCAAAGCUGUUAUCCUAUGAGAUACCAGACGCUUAACGUGUUUAACGCUUCGAUACUCUUCGAUACUAUUGUGACAAUUUCGAAAUCAUUCAUGUCCGAGAAGAUGAAGAAGAGAGUUCACGUCUACUCAAGUGCACUUGAUUGUUUCAAGGAUACUCCCCCUGAAAUCCUGCCCGUCGAAUAUGGCGGCACUGAUGGUACAAUCCAGGAAUUAACAGAAUACUGGAAGAAGCUGGUUGAAGAGAAUCGUGAGUGGAUUCUAAAAGAAGAGAACGAGACCAACGCUGUUUUGUAACAGUAGAGCUGAAAUUAAUAGAAAGUGCCUGCUUUCAGCAUACGUUUAGAUAAACUUUUUAUCGUUAUACAAGAUACACUUUAUCUGUUUUGCACUUUAAACGUAAGGACCUGAGCAGAAUGGCUGUCUUGUACUCUUAAGAUGCUCUAAGACAAUGCUUUAUGUUUUAAAUCUUCGUCUUAAAGUAACGCACGAUAACUGUCUUACGACUUAAGACAGUUACAAGACAGUCAUUCUGCUGAGGCCCUACUGUAUCGGGGAUAUGAUACGAAACCGGUGAGUUGUAAAACUCUCAGAAAAAUAUAUACAGGGCGAGUUUUAUUUCGUGAACCAGUCUCUUACCAUGUGAGAUGGAUUGCCGACCAAAACUGUAGUCAACUCUGGAAAAAAUGGCAAAAAUGUCGUUAUAUGUGUUUCAAUCAGGUGAUAUCUAAUUAUAUCUCUCAAAAUAUAAUUACAUAUUACACGAUUGAAACAUAUACAACUAGAUUUUUCCAUUUUUUCCCAGUUUAGCUACAGUUUCGUUCGGUAAUCCAUAUCUAAUGGUUAAAAGACUGGUUCAUGAGAUAAAACUCACCCUGUAUAGUGAAUAGUUAGUGUUUAUAAAUUCCAUAAAGAUAAAGAAAUGUAUUCUUUUUAUCUUGUAGUUAGUUCACUUGAUUCUCUCAUAUAUUUUUGGAUGUAUGUGGUA